GUUACAGAAUGCGUGUGUGUCCCCUUAGCCAUAUAUAUUGGGCCAUGUGGACACAGAUGUGAAGUUUGCAGGACAGAUUACGCUUUGGCUGCAGGGCUGUUGGCCUCCCUUUCUUUUAUCUUUCUGGUAAAGAAAGCCAGUAGGAAUAUAAAGCCACCUUAGGAUCUCUCUGCACUGGAAAUUGAAUAACCUUACCCCACAGAAAAAAUGAGUGAUCAUCUGGAAGAAGGUUCUUUCAUGUUCACUUCAGAGUCCGUUGGAGAGGGACAUCCAGACAAGAUUUGUGACCAGAUCAGUGAUGCUGUCCUGGAUGCACAUCUGAAGCAGGAUCCCGAUGCCAAAGUGGCCUGUGAGACGGUGUGUAAGACUGGCAUGGUGUUGCUCUGCGGAGAGAUCACAUCUCGGGCCGUCGUGGACUAUCAGAGGGUGGUGAGGGACACCAUCAAGCACAUCGGCUACGACAACUCGGAGAAAGGUUUCGACUACAAGACAUGUAAUGUGCUGGUGGCCCUGGAGCAGCAGAGUCCAGACAUUGCUCAGGGGGUCCAUGUUGACCGGAAAGAAGAAGACAUUGGAGCUGGAGACCAGGGUCUGAUGUUCGGCUAUGCCACAGACGAGACGGAGGAGUGCAUGCCGCUCACCAUCGUCUUAGCUCACAAACUCAAUGAAAAGAUGUCUGAACUUAGACGCAAUGGCAUCGUUCCCUGGCUGCGUGCCGACUCUAAAACACAGGUGACCGUGCAUUAUGACCAGAAGAAUGGAGCUGUGAUCCCCAAGAGAGUUCACACCAUUGUGAUCUCUGUCCAGCACGAUGACGGCGUCACUCUGGAGGAACAACAGAGAGUCCUAAUGGAAAUGGUGAUCAAAUCCGUGGUCCCUGCAAAAUAUUUGGACAGCAAAACCGUCUACCAUCUCCAGCCAAGUGGUCGCUUCGUCAUUGGAGGACCACAGGGUGAUGCUGGUGUAACAGGAAGGAAGAUUAUUGUAGACACAUACGGUGGCUGGGGGGCUCACGGUGGCGGAGCUUUCUCUGGCAAAGAUUUCUCAAAGGUUGAUCGCUCUGCUGCCUAUGCUGCUCGCUGGGUGGCCAAGUCUCUGGUUAAAGCCAAACUGUGCAGGAGAGUUCUGGUUCAGGUGUCUUAUGCGAUCGGAGUGGCCCAACCUCUUUCCAUCUCCUUGUUCACCUACGGGUCCUCUCAGAAGUCAGAGUCAGAAUUGCUCAAGAUUGUCAACAAGAACUUUGAUCUCAGGCCAGGAGUCAUUGUCAGGGAUCUGAACCUGAAGAGGCCGAUUUACCAGCAGACAGCCUCUUACGGCCACUUUGGCCGACCGGAGUUUUCUUGGGAAGUGCCCAAAAAGCUUGUCUUGUAAAUACUCCACCAGCCUGUCCUGAUCUCCACCUGGAUGCUGAACAAGACUCCUCUUCAUGGACUACAACUUCCAGCUCCAAUGCAACUGAUUGAACACUUUUUUAACAGAAAAACAAAACAAAACAACUGAAACCACAGUUAGGGAGGGAUAAGUCAGCUUUCAAGAUGUGAGAAGGUAGUUAUACGUGUGAGCAGUUGUAGCCAGCAGACAUAUGAAGGGACAUCCUCCCAGUGAGGAGAGGGACAUUGCAGAUGGCAUCUCAGUAACUAAUCUUUUUUCACUGUCCUUUCCGAGGCCAAAUAACCUCCAGGUAUCGGUGCUUUAAAAAUACACAUACAAUCACUAGUCAAAGUCAGUAAAGUAAAGGGACAGUACAAUAGUAAAAUAUAAAUACCUCCACAUCACUAGCAGCAGUGUUUUACCUCAAAGCUUGGGGGGGGGGGCAGUAUACUUACACAAGUUCAGUGCUUUAUUCUUAAAAGGUGCUAUUACAAAAUGUGUAUUCCCUCAGUGGCUGCCAUAUUAUUGUAAGAGGUGUAGCUACUGCUCAACCAAAAACGUGGCUUAAGAAACCGUAUUGUCAUGACUAUAAAAAACUGUUGUAAACGUGGCACAGGAAGCUGUUUGCACUACUACCAUUCCCACUGUGUGAG